UUAUAAACACCGGCAAAUUUGUUUAUUUGAUAGAUUCGAUACUUGCAAAAAAUCUGUGCUCGAGGCGCAUUUUUUAUUGUAUAAAAAUCUAACGAUUAAUUAAUGGUUCGCGUUCUUCAAAAGAGAAUAGUGCUGCGUGUAUAAAGUUUUAAAUAUUAGAAACCAAAAUGUCCGUAGAAAAGGCGUUCGAUCACAUCGAAACCAUUCAAAUUGGCGACCAUCCAACGGACAUUGUUUACCAUCGGUUUGCGAACAAGUCGUUCUUGUUGAUCACCCAACGGCAGAAGGUCACCAAUGUCUACACGGUGCGGAAUCAAGCCAGCGUGGAACCCGGUGGCGGACCAACUGCUGGUGCGAGUCGAAUCUACUCGAUUAAGUACUUGUUCGGAACGGCAACGGACGAGGCGGAAGCGGCAAUCAGGUAUUUGAUGAAUUUUAUCGAUAAGGAUGAUGAGAUUGUCAUAACGCUGGGUUUAAAAGAGAUCGACAAGGGAUCGCUGGAUCAAAUUGGCGCGCAGCUGAGAAAAAUCGUUUAGGAAUUAUUAAAUAAAUGUUUGUGAUAUUUAUGAUA